CCUGCUAUUCUUCCCCCCCCCUCUCCUCUGCGCCCUCUCUCUCUCUCUCUCUCUCCCUCCCUCUGCAACCUUCGCUCUUCGAACGGCUGCAACCUUCGCUCUCCGGGCCUUUUCAACUUUCAUUUUCUCUCUGGAUAUUUGCCCAUUUCAGUCUGGUGGUCUCUAGAUCAUAAUGGAGUACGACUGCCAAGCCCAGAGGCAAAAAUAUGAUUUUCUUCUGUUUGAUCUAGAUGAUACCCUCUAUCCCCUUAGUUCGGGUUUGGCAACAGCAUGCCGCAACAACAUUGAAGAUUAUAUGAUUGAAAAACUUGGCAUAGAGAAGGAGAAAAUUCCAAACUUGUGCAGCCUACUGUACAAGAAUUAUGGGACAACUAUGGCUGGCCUUAGGGCAAUUGGCUAUGACUUUGACUAUGAUGAAUACCACAGUUUUGUGCAUGGGAGAUUGCCUUACGAGAACCUAAAGCCAGACCCUGUCUUAAGGAGUAUCUUGCUAAGCUUGCCUCUUCGGAAAGUUAUAUUCACAAAUGCGGACAAGAUCCAUGCAGCUAAAGUUCUUGGGAAACUUGGGUUAGAAGACUGUUUUGAAGGGAUCAUCUGCUUUGAGACUUUGAAUCCUACUCACAAGCCUGCUGUAUCGGAUGAUGAGGAUGACGCUGAGUUUGUGGGCUCUAGACUUACAACUGCUAGCACAACCACAUUCCUUAGUAACUUUGAAAUCUUUGACAUUAUUGGGCAUUUUUCUCAAUCUACUGUUACUUUGGGAUUACCAAACACCCCAAUUGUGUGCAAGCCAUCAGUAGAUGCCAUAGAACGAGCUCUCAAGAUAGUGAAUGUUAACCCUCAUAGAACUAUGUUCUUUGAUGAUAGCGUCCGCAACAUACAGUCUGGAAAGCGUGUGGGCCUUCAUACUGUGCUGGUUGGCACUUCUCAGAGAGUUAAAGGUGCAGAUUAUGCACUAGAGAGCAUCCACAACAUUAGAGAAGCAUUGCCAGAGCUCUGGGAAGCUGAUAUAAAGUCAGAAGUUGGGUACUCUGGCAAGGUUGCAGUGGAGACAUCAGUGACAGCCUAGAUUUAUGCUCGUCUCUAAUCCCUUCUGGGGGAAGGAAUUGCCUUGAGAGGCUGAUCUUAUUUCAUUUCACUGUUUAAUGAUGUAGAUGUAUGUAUUGUUUUCUUGUGAUAAUCAAUCAAUAAUAUUAAAUCUUCCCC